CCAUGUGUCAGAAAUUUUGAGAAUUAAUAUUUCACUAGAGAUUUGUGUGCCAAAAAGCAAAACUUUUUCUGUUUUUACAACUUUUGUGUGUUUUCGGACAAACACUGUGCUCACUGAUUAUUCGUUACAUUUUUUGUGUUGCGCGUAAAAUUAUGAAAAAUAUGUGAAAAAUGCGCUACAAUAACAGCAACAACAACAACAACAACAACGACAACAACAUUUGAGGCACUUACGCAGGUGAAACACGGUCCGGUCUCGCUCUCAAUAACGUUCUGGCUCUGGAUGCCGGUUCCAGGUCUCAGUCCACAGUCUCAAAGUUCAAAUCCCACAACGACGUCAACGCCGUGUUUAACUCGUGUGUGAGUGUGUAUGUGCGCGGACUGUGUGUAUUUUUAUACAAGACUUCAACGUUGUGUAAUACUGUAACGUGCUAAAUUUAUUAAUUUAUUGGCACAGACUGCAAAUAAACAAAACCAACAACAACAGCCACAACUACAAAGAGCAACAUAACAUGCACAAUUUGUUAUGCCCCAAAGUUGGUUUCGCUGACUCGAUAUAAAAAGGAAAUAUAGACAGCCAGACAACGUUGGCCCACAAAGUGGCUCAAAUACAAUUGACAUUUAUUGGCCAAUAUAUAUUUAUAAGGCGUCCGCCCAAAGGAAGCGCCCGCCGCUACGCCAGACACAACACAAAGCGCAACUGAAAGAGCUAUAAAAAAAUAAAUAUAGAUAUAUAUAGUGGAAGAAAAACUAGGUUUAUUGUAUAGCUAUGAUGUUGUCAAUGCUGCAUAAGAACUGGCAGCAGGCUCGCAUGCAAAUGCUAAGCAGAAGGACGAACAGGACAACUGCCAGCACAAUGCCAUCAUCCUGUGGGCAACGUGGGCGUGGCCAGACAAUAACAACAACUACAGCAGGCACCAGCUGCAUAUGCUGGCUGGCUUUGCUGCUCCUCUUGAUGUUCGUGCCGGAUUUUAUUGUGGCGCUCAAGGAUGUUACGGUUAGGAUACCGCAGGCGGUUAAACGUGGCAGCAAUGCCUUGUUCACCUGUAAUUACGAUAUGGAAAACGAUACGCUAUAUUCGGUGAAAUGGUACAAAGGCAAACGUGAGUUUUAUCGUUACACCCCCAAAGAGAAUCCGGCAAUGAAAGUGUUUGCCAUGACAAGUGGCCUUAACGUUGAGCGAAACCUCUCGAAUCAAAGUCAUGUCGUGCUGCAGUCGGUGCCGCUGAAUAUUUCGGGCAAAUUUACAUGCGAAAUAUCUGUGGAGGCGCCCACAUUUCAAACAGCAAUGGUCUCCGGCGAAAUGGAGGUAGUGGAGUUACCGGAAGAGCAUACAGUGGUUACCGGCAUACAGGCACGUUAUCGCAUUGGCGAUUUGGUCGACGGCAAUUGCUCAAUUAAAUACUCGAAACCGGCUGCUAAUUUGACAUGGACUAUUAAUGGUAUUGUGGUGCCACCGCAUCACAUCAAGACCUAUCAGAUUGAGAAACAAGAGAAUAGCACACUGGAAUCGGUGACAAGUGCCAUACACUUCAUGGUAACCACACAGCAUUUUCUCAAGGGUCAAAUGAGGCUCAAGUGCACGGCCUACAUAUUUGACAUAUUCAAAGAGGAGAUCGAAAGCAUUAUCGAGGAGGAUCGACCCAGAAUCAUGGCCUCCGGCCGUUCAUAUGAUAUCAACAAUUAUCCCAUGGAGGAUCAUGGCAACAGGCAUGGCGAUCGGGAGCGUGGCGGCUACGAGGAGCACAAUGAAUCAUAUUUGACCUAUUCUUCGACGGAUAACGGUGCAUCGGGCGCUUCGAGUGUUGCUCACGAAAUCUUCUGGCGCGUUUGGCUAUUGAAGCUUAUGGAGGCGUUGCCAUUGCAGCACAUGGCAAAGCUUCACAGACACAUCAACAGGCAUCUGGCAAAGUGGGCGUGGCACUUUGAUGCUUACACCACAUGGCUAAGCGUUGCACUCAUGCUGCCCCUCUGCCUGUGGACGGGCCAUCAAAUUAACAACUGUCAAUAUGCCAUCGACAGCGCAGCGACGCAACAGACGGUUAGGAACGACGCCGGCGACGGCGACGGCGACGCUGACGUCGCGCUUGCUGCCAAUGUGACAAUGUCAAAGACAGCGCCGAGUGAGAGCGACAAAUGCUUUUAUAAUUGUCAAAUGGCAUUGGCAACACUUUUGCAACGGAAUAAUGAUGAUGUUGGUGAUGAUGACGAUGACGAUGACGAUAGAGCUAAUGAUGAUGGUGAUGAUGAUGAUGAUGCCAAUGCUGGCGUUGAUUUAACUGCAGCUGCAGACCGAGCAACACUAAAGCGCCAACAUCAACAGCUGUCAGCGACACUUGCUAAAGUGGGCGCGGCCUCGCAGCCGGAUCAACGAUUAUUGAUGACUUGCCCAACGCUGGCAGCGGCAGCGGCAGCGACGUGCUGAUGCUGAAUUGAUGAUGAAAUGCAUUUCGAAAAGUAGCUUAAGGUGCUGCCAUGCGAACGAAUGGGCAUAUUUCUCUUAACCAUAUUUGUUUCCUUCUCUUAUUUGUUUUACGCGCAAUAAUUAAUGCCACAAGCAGAAAACAACAAAACAAAAAUAAAAUUGAAAGUUACAGUUCGCCCCGGUUAAAACGCACUUCAGAUGUGGAGAAGCCAGUUUGGGACUUAAAGCCAAAAAUAAGGCGGAGGUAAAACAAUGAAAAGCUAAGAGAAGCCUAAAUAUAAUUAAGAGCGCAACUGGUAAUAUGUUAAUAUAUGAUAUACAUAAUUAAAUAAAUGUAA